GCGAAGUGAAUAUAGGAAAGUACGCACGCUGGUAAAUUUAUCCAUCUCCCUCUAAAUCUCCUAUAGGUUGAUUGACAACAAAAGACACUAUUUAUUUCGUGGAAAAUUGUUGUUAUAAAUGUAUCUUUGUAAUUAAAUAUUCAGAACAGAGAACCAAUAAUCGAGAUUUACACAGUGGAGGAAAAAAUAUGAAGAGACGAAAUGCCGAGAGUGGCAAGAUGCGGCGCCCCUUGAAGCGCACAAAAAUCACGGAAGGAAUGUAUGGAAAUUCCAUGCUGUACCUGAAGUUCGUGAUGCUGUGGGCAACUGUAGUGAUGGCAGACUACAUGCUAGAGUUCAGAUUCGAAUUCCUCUGGCCAUUUUGGAUGAUGUUGAGAUCAGUAUAUGACUCAUUCAAAUAUCAGGGUCUUGCAUUCUCAGUGUUUUUCAUAUGCAUAGCGCUCACGUCCGACAUGAUAUGUUUCUUCUUCAUACCACUGCAGUAUAUAUUCUUCGCAGCCAGUACCUAUGUAUGGGUACAGUACGUCUGGUACACAUUCGCAGACAAGGGCGUGUGCCUGCCGACGGUGGCGAUGUGCUGCCUGGUGGUGUACGUGGAGACGGCGCUGCGCGCGCGCGCGGGCGCGGAGGCCGGGCUGGAGGCGUGGCGGCCGCUGGCGGCGCACUGCGUCGGCUACCCGGCCGUCACGCUGGGCUUCGGCCUCAAGUCGUACGUGGGCCACCGUCUGCGGCUGCGGCGCCAGCGCCACGUGCGCAAGGAGAACGACUUCUACUUCCAGCUCAUGCGCGACGCGCUGCCCGAGUCCGCGCUCGACCAGAGCCAGCAGCAGCCGAAGGAGGCGGAGCGCGGCGGCUGCGAGCAGGAGAGCCCGGGCCCGGCCGCGCGCCGCCGCUGCCUGCGCCUCGACCACAACGGACACUGCCCGCCGGAACAUGCUAAGGUAGAAAAGCAGUCGGCGCGAGACAAGUGUAGUGCGAACACGCACAAUCACGCACACACGAACACGCACGCACACAGCGGCACGCAAGCCGCCGCCGACGACGAGCGGCACGAGCCCGCUCGCGGUGGUGCCAAAUCUUCAAAGUGUGAUAAAAAAGAGGCUAGUACAUUAAAAGAAGAGAGAAGAAGAAGUAAAAAUAAAGAUAAGGAUAAAGAUAAGGAAAGUAGCGAUAGUCAUAAGAGUACAGAACAAACAAAAGAACAAAUAGUUAAAGAAGUAGAAAGUACAAAAGAAAGUGUAAAAAAUAAAGAGUGUAAUAGUUAUAAAGAGAAAGAAAGAGAAAGGGAUAGAGAAAGAGAACGAGAAACAAGGGAGCGAGAAAGGGAAAGAGAACGCGAGUUGCGCGAGCGGGAAGCGCGCGAGUGUUCGGAAGAACUGAAACGGGUCCGCGCGGAGCUGGCGACGGCGCUGCGCAGCGAGGCGGAGGCGCGGCGCGCGCUGGCCGCCGCCGCCGCCGCCGACCGCCAGCGCCGCGCCGACCUCGCGCAGCUGCGCCAGGCGCAUGCUGCGCUACAGCACAAGGUGUCGUCGAGGCGGACGAGCGCGGCGGGCGAGCAGCCGGCGGCGCGGGCGCGGAUGGCAGGUGGUGGUGCGGGUGCCGGUGCAGGCGCAGGCGCAGGCGCAGGCGCAGGCGCAGGCGAGUGCGAGGCGGCGCGGUGCGCGGCGCGGCGCGCGGCGCUGGAGGCGGAGGGCGCGGCGCUGCGGCGCGACGUGCAGCGCGCGCGCGACCAGCUCGCGCUCGCGCAGCGCGACCUCGCGCGCAACACCGACCAGGCGCGCGCGCUGGAGGCGGCGGCGGAGCGCGCGCGGCAGCUGGAGCGCGCGCUGUCGGCCGAGACGCGCGUCAAGCUCGACCUGCUGUCCGCGCUCGGCGACGCCAAGCGGCACAUGCUCAUACAGGAAGGCACAAUAUCGAGACAAGAGAAAGAAAUCGAGGAACUCAAAGCUCAAAUGCUGGCCGUGAUGCCGACAGAGUAUGUGUCGAUGGGCGGCGCGGUGUCGAAGCUACGGCUCGACACGCCGCUCGACCCCAACGCCUCUGUCUACACGCCCAAGCAGCUCUGCUCCGACGCAUGAACCGGACACCGGACUACGGACGACGGGAUCCGGACCGCGGAUACCGGACGCCGGACGCCGGACGACACCCGCGCCCCACACACAGUGUCCUCGUAAGGGCGUUUUUCUGAUCUCAUUUAUUUUCUAAAAACGCAAACUGACAGUGUUCCCCGUUUUUUUUUUCUUAAUUAAUUUAUUAUUUUUUAAUGUGGUUUUGUGAUUACGCUUGCUGCGCUCCUACGUGGGAUUGUCCAUACAAACGUCGGUGGGAUACUGCCUGCAUAGAUAUAUGAUAGUUUUUUAACUGUCUACGUACAAAGAGCAUUUAUUUUUUCAUAUAUAAAAUAAUUGCAAUGAUAAGCUACCUGGUCCUUAUUAAAGAGCUAGUCGGAUUUGUAUAGAAGGACAAUGGUGUGAACAAUUGAUUAGAACGUGUCUACAAAUAUUUGUAAUACAAGUGUAGGGAAAACAUGAACACCCCAACAAAUUCUCACGUGUUGAAUCAUCAUGUUUUUCAAUACUCGCAGGUGACACGUAUUCGAAACUGUUUAUAUAGGUACUUACACAUUUUAUUUCCAAUACAAACAUUGUUUAAUGGCGUUUGCACGAAAGCUUACCGAAGUGUACGACGUCGGAAUUACCAGUUAAUUUUCAAAUACUAUUAACUUUAGCCAUCAAAAUUCUAUUUUCAGUCUGAGUUUAAUAAGAAUCUUAUUUUACAAUUAACAUUUUAGUUCGCUGUCAGAUCACUUUUUUUCGGUUCUGUUUUCCCUAUCAAUAGGGAAAGUACAAGGUCUAAGCCUAUACAGCUAUUGUCUUCAUUUAAUUUCUGGUAUUAAGUUUUUAUUUUCGUUUUUGUAUAUAUCAGAGUUCUUCAAAUGUUGAAAUUACUCAUUCAUAUAUGGAUUAAUAUGUUUCUUUGUUUUUUUUUUUUUUUUUUUUAAUAAACUCCUAAUGAAGCGCUAUCUAUAUCAUCUAUAUUUUUGUAUUUAUCCAAAUAACCUAUUUAUUGUUUUUAAAAAUUGACAGUUACCUCCAAUGUUGCCACACUUCGAUAAGCUUUUGAUACGAACACUUAUACCAGCAUUAGGAGUUGAAUUCUAGAAAAAAAAAAAACCUAAUUCUUGUCUAUGGAGGGUAACGAAUCGCUACUACAGUCCUGUGAGUGUUCUUUUAAAUUUAUGUGAUAAAUUGUACAAAAUAAGAUCUGAUACGAGUCUUCUUCCUUAAGUAAUUGUAGUUUUAUUGACGUUUUUAGUCGAAAUUUAUCGGUAUAUUUAACGUGACGUCACACCGGGCCACGUGCGGCUCGCGUACGUAAUAAUAUCAACAUUGAUAUAUGUACGUAAUUUCAAAUUAAUACAAAAAAGUAUAUAAUUUGAACAAUACAGACUUUAAAAUGGUAUUUUUGAGAUAGCAAUACAAAUACAUACUUGGUUUUAGUAUUUCAGUUGAAUUGUUUAUAUGGCAUUGUUUAUUUUUAUGUUUUUUUUUGUGCAAUAAAGAGUUAAAUAAAUAAAUAAAUAAUAUAUACUUGGUUCAUGUAAUAACAUAGAAUGUUUUGAAGACAAAACAUUUAAUGUGUUUUGUGACAAACUGCAAAGCAGUUUCGCGGCACUAAGAAUAUCUAUUGUCUAUGUAACUGUUUACUUGAAAUAAAGAAACAUUUGGUACUGAGUUAAGCAAAACUGUUCAUUAAUAAUUUAGUAGUCUCUGCCCCCCACAUUAACGUUGCCCGAGAUGAGUUCAAAUUCACUCCUUGUUACGUAUAGAUGGAGCCACAAAUACUGAGAUUAUCGGAAAUAUUUUGUAAAUACCUUAUUGUUUUAUUUAUGGUAUUUCAACAUACGGUUAUUUUAUAGACUGUGAAGUAAAAUUCGUAUGCAAUAAUUGAAACUAAUAGGAUAUUAACGCUUCUACAAAUUCUUACUGCUUUAUCAUACAAAUAAAAUUAAAUUUUAUUAAAUUUACUACAUUAUUAUAUUAAUAUAUAUUUAUAAAUUAGCCUUUUAUCUCGUACUUUGUACGCGUCCAUUUCAGAAUAUGAAAACCAAAGAAAUAGAUCGGUUCUAGUUGAUGGAUCAAGAUAAAACAUACAUCAAUUUUUAAGUUAGACUUUCAGGAACACAAUAGUGAAAACCGAAUCCAAUUUGGUGCAGUAAUUUUUGUGUAACGCCCAAACAAAUAUACAGACAGAAAAAUUUUGUUUUGGCAUCUGCUGAUCUUAUUAAGAUUUUUUUUUUAUACCACUGAGGUGGCGAGCAAGCAUACGACCCACCUGAUGGUAAGCGGUCAUGGUAGCCAGGGGUAUUACGCGCGCGUUGCCGACUCUCUUCACCGCCCUUUUGAAGAACGCCAUGCUGUAGUCUCUUGGGAAAACGUCGACAGACGUCGGAGCUCACUGAGACUUCUCAUAUCAAUUUUUCUUCUAUAUUUGCAAUGUACAGACAUCGUCUUGUUACAAUUUUAUUAUAAUAGUAACUUUUUCGCGGCGGCCAUAGGUCAAGCAUUCAAGUUAAUUUUGACCAGUCGCAAAGCGAGCUUAAUGUACAAUAUCAAUGUUGCUAAUAAUGCCAGUGGGACGCCUAGCUUAAUUGUUGUUGAAACUUACUAAAUUGACAACCAACUUAAAGGUGCGUCCAUACAUGUACACGUCGCCGUGUCGUAACAUUGUAACGUCAAUAAAAUGUAAUAGUUACAUUAUGAUAUUACAGUACGCGUUGUUUAUUUUAUAUAAUUUAAUCGUAACUAAAUAUUUUGUGAUAAAUAUAUAUAAAAAAAAAUAUUGAAUUUGUGAUAAAUAAUUGAACUUACAUAUUUACUAUCUACAGCACUAUUUAACCACACGAUAAACUAAACGUUAUCCAGCUAAAUAUAACUAAACAAAGCUUGUGAUAUGUGUACUAGGCAAAUACUUCAAUGUCAAUAAUUUGAUGAAAGAAGAGCUACUUAUUAAUAUAAUAAAUACUAAUGCUACAAUAUAUAUAUAUAUAUAUAUAUAUAUAUAUAUAUAUAUAUAUAUAUAUAUAUAUAUAUAUAUUGUAGCAUUAGUAUAGUAUAUAUAGUAUAGUAGUUCAAAAUAACUUUUUUUUUGCAAAGAUUUGUAGAUUGGUUACGAUGUUGUAAUACGACGAAAUGUUUGUGUGGACGCAGCUUAAUAGUUGUUAAUUCCAUGACAUUGUUAUUUUGUUGUACUAAAUUUGACAAUGGUUAGUAUGGGAAGAGUGUAAUUUGACACAUACUACGUCGUGUUUUUAUGUGUACAUAUUUUCGAAUUAAUCUUCAUUAAAAAUUAAAGAAACGUAGUAAUGGAAUUUAUUUGUCGAUAAUUUUUAUUUAUAUUUACCGAAUUUGUAAUGAUUUAUGUCGGCUUUACCUACCAGUAUGUUAAGCUGUGUCUGGACUUGUGUAUGUAAUCGACGAGCGCGAACAUCGUCACGAACAUUACAUGUAAUGCUCGCAGGAGUCGCAUUACACAUUACAGACGUCUGAACGUACCCAUAAGAGGCCUCCCAAAAAAAAAAAAAUUAUAGCCUAUACAUAUUUUGAAAUGAGAUCAGUGAUCAUUUUUGUAUUUGGAAAUACCACUUAAUGUGUAGAAUUUUUUUUUGCUGUCAAGUCUACCGCUAAAACGUUUCAAACUUACUAUAAAACUUACCCGGAAACUUAAUUAUGUUGACUUAUUACAAUAUUUCACUCACGUUUGUCUUCGUUGUCAUUUGGUAUUAAGGUGGGUAUUCACCAAGAGCAUUCGCAUUGUAUGACAGUUCAGAAAUGUAUGUAAUGUCCACAACUUAAUUUCUAUAACAUGUACAUGCUCAUAGUCUGUCCCCACCUUAAAAUAAAUUGUUCAAUAAAUAAAAAAUUUCUAGGCAUUAUAAUUAAAAGCAGAGACAAAUUAUUUUAUAUUUGUAUAUUUAGAAGAAACAAUCAUAAAAUUACUUUUUCUAGCGAGUUGUUUACACAUACAAAAUAUUUACUGUUACACCAUUAAUCCUCCAUGACAUAAUUCCAGUCUGUGUAUGGUAUCAUACACGACGGAGUACUUUAGUAUUUUAAUGUGUUCAUGUUGUUAAUAUGUUGUUUGUUGGAAUAACCUAUAAAUUGCCUAUAAUAUUAACGGUUUUGAAAUUAUUUCUAUUGGAAUUUUAUGUUGAAUUGAUUAUACAGGGUUAAAUGAAACGUCAUACCAAUCUCAAAUCAAGCAAUAGUUUAAUAUAACUAGUUAAAGUACAUAUUUGGACGCUAGAUUCUGAGCACCAAUCUAUUAAUUUAUCGGAAGAUGCCUCGUUUACAGGUUAAAUUUAUGUCGCAAAAUGUGCGUGGACUGAAUGGCGGUCGGAGAUUGAUAGCUAAUUUGGAAAGUUAUAGAACUUCUAGUAAAUAAUAAUAGUAGUCAAUCUUCGAGUGUUGGCAGUCACACGCAUACGCAAUAGUAGCGGAAAUAAACAAAAUAAUUCUAAUUAACUAACUAGUGAUAUGGACUUUCGCAAAACGACAUCUAGUUCAGUAAAAUAUUUAAUAUAACUUAACUAAAUUCCCUCAAGGAACGUUUCACUAGCUUAUAUCGUGUCCCACUGCUGGGCAAAGGUCUCUUCUUUACGUCUCCACAUGUGUGAUCUGUAUAUAUAUAUAUAUAUAUAUAUAUUCAGAUCACACGAUGAUACAGUUAAAACGAAUGGUUCAAAAUUGUUCAUAUUCCUUGAGGAAAGUUUUUUAAUGUCAUGAACACUGGUGUCUCUAGUUGGUUGACACGUUACAACUAACCCUGUAUGUUUUAAAAAUGUUUAAAAAUAAUUUCACUUUUGCAUUUAUUUAUGUUUAAUUUAAACAUGGACAUGUAAAUUAAAAUAGCGUGUGUGUUAGAUAUAAUACGAUGGGAGCACUGAGUGGCUAAUGUGAGUUGUAUGCAAUAUGUUACGGUCGCAUUCAUGUCUGUAUGAAAUUCUCAGUUUCCGAUACCAUCCGCUAGAGGCGCAGCUAGGUUAAGGAUGAAGAUAGAAUGGUGCCUAUUAGGCAUAUAUGUUGUUGGUACCGCUCCAAUAUCUAUAUAUUGGGUUGUUUUGGACAUUGAUGGCGGAAAAAGAAUAUAUAUAUAUAUAUAUAUAAAUUUCUAUCGGAUUUUUAAUUUCGACAUUAAAUAUUGGAUAACAGAGAUUUAACAUAUUCCUAAUUGGGUCAUAAUAUAGAUGUUUUUUAUGGAUGAUAAUGGAAUGGUAACCCCGCCAGCGCUAUCGGUAUACACAGGCGGGGCACCAGUGACGGAGGAUAGGUGACGAUGAAGUAGGUCAGUUAGCCCAUCGUGUCGAAUCUAAUAAUAAACCAAUCACGAUGGUUUCCAGAGGGAACCACGAGGAGGUCGACCUGACAGUAUAUUGCUAGUAAUGGGGCUACUAAUCCCCAUUACUAACAAUCCCUUCUCCCCCCAAUAUAUAGAUAUUGCUAUAUGUUAUCCAACCCUAGUACCUAUGUUUCCGGUAUACAUUGGCGCAAUAUCGACCUGACGGUAUACUGCUAACAAUACCCAUUAAUAAUACUGUUUCUAACAAUCUUUUCCUCUCUGCGCAGCUACGUUUUCAAUAUACAAUGGGGCCGAUUCUGAUAUGCAAUUUCUAUGAAUUUAUCUCUAACCUUAUUAUUUUGAUUUAAUUUAAACUAAAAAUGUAUUUAUUAACAAAGUAUGUAAAUGCACAAAGUUUAACAUUGAUUCCUGUAUUAGGCUGAGUGUGUCCUGUUUCGUAAAUUUUGUGACACAUAAGUAGACAAUAAUGGGUGGUAAAAGAAAAUAAGUCUUCUAUGAUCAAAUUCAUAUAUAUAAUGCCAUACUUUUUUAUCGAUCAUCAUAAACUAAAAUUAUAACAAUUUUAAAGAUGUCGCUGUGAUAUCAAAUUGAAAUUUGAAAUAGGUUUGCACUCUAAACUUUGGAGAUAUGACGCCUCAGAAUCGACCGCAAUAUGUAUAUUGACUACUUUAAAAGUCGUCACCUAAAUCCAAGCUCACACUAGCGACUCAACUCAUGUGGUUUGAUAUGACUUGGUAAUUUUUUUUUUUUUAAUGUACCUUUAAUGUACUGGACUUAUAUGUGUGAAAUGAGUUUGAUACUGCGUACUUUUUUAUGCAUAUUUGGUUGCUACGAUAUUAUAAAUUUAUUAUAAAAGAACUACAGUUAAUUAAUUUGUUAUUUCCAACUAAAAUAUUUUAAAAACCUAUUACGUUAGUACGUUCAUGAUUAAAUAGUAUAUAUUUAAUGAAGACGCUGAUUUAUAUUAUUUUUAUGGAGUAUCCAGAAUUAACUGAUAAAGUUUAAAAUUUGGUUCUUUUUCAAUAAAUGAAUUUAUAAUAUUGUAAUUGUCAAACAUACAUAUUAAUUAAUAAAGGUUCAACUUGAGUGUAAUGCAUCAUUACGUUUAAAAUAUAUGACGUCUUCUUACAAGUUUCCUUUAUGUUUACAGAAAAUAUUACAUGGAACUUUUUUUUUUAUAAUAAUGCUCAAACGGAACAUAUACCAAACGGAAAUAGCCUCGAGGCAAACGCACGAAGAAACGAUGGCUGCAUUGAAUUUUAUAUUUUAAAGCAAUACAAAUACAGUUCAUUGUUUAAUAAUAAAGUGCGGUGGGCAUAUUUCCGUUUGGUACACAAUGACUUAGAAUACGAAUACGAAACGACGCACACUAUUGUAUCGGAAAAUGGUAACGAGAACGAUUUGUAUUGGUUUGAUAUUGCGACAGCGAAUAGUGUCGUCCACUCUAGUCUUACUAUUAACUAGGUCGAUACUCGGUUACAGUCUACGCUGCGAGACAUGAAUCGACCUUUAUGGUUGUUGUAUUAUUUUUUAAGUUAGUCUGUUUUGUGCCAGAAUUAUAUUAAA